AUGGAACCCAACAAUUCAAUUAAUCAAAUCGACAAUCACAUCGACGAUGACGGUGAUCAGAACUCAUUUCCAAGCCACCGUCAUCAGAUCAUCGCCUAUUCAAGCAAGAGAAAACACUCUCAAUCUCAGGUAAUCACACCAAUCGAUUCAACACAAGUAAACCCUCUUUCCGAAUCAUCAGUUCUAGGGCUUGUUCUCCUUGCUCAUACGUUCUCAUACGAUAUUCAAAACCUCACUGAGUCUCUCCUUCUCGAAAUCCUCGCAAGAUUGCCCCUGAAAUCAAUUUUUAGGUUCAAAUGUGUUUGCAAACACUGGCUAGACCUAAUUUCUCAGCCUUCAUUUGCCCGUUUCUAUUGCUCGCGUAUGCUCACAGCCAGCAAUAGCUCACGUGCCACUUCAUCUUUCUUUAUCUAA